AUGCUUUCACCAUUCUGGAUGUGUUCUAUCGUUUUCUUUGUUCUCCUAUUUUUGAGCACAAUCGAUGCAUCAUGUUUUCAAUCAAGUGUAAAGUAUACGCUUUGUGCAGCACAAGGUGGAAGUAUAAUUCCUAAUUCAGCAGUGUUCGACGAAGUCGAGUUGGCAAACGAAUGUCACGAACAUUUCGUUGAAACACUUUUGAACAAAUCAUGUGAUCAUCAUACAACACAUUCAGAAAAAGAACAUCGAAAGCCAUCUUUUGUUCAGCAAUAUGUUUAUGGUUUUAUCUCUGUAUUCAUCAUAUCAGCAUUAUCAUUGGUUGGUUUAUUGGCAUUACCUAUUCUCUAUAAAAUAUCAUUUAAAUAUGUGCUCAAUUUAUUCACUGCAAUUGCCAUUGGUACUCUUUUUGGUGAUGCGAUGUUUCAUCUGAUUCCAAUUGUUUUUGGUAUGCACUCGCACACUCUCGACGAUCACCACCAUCAUGAUCAUCAUAACCACGAUCACUCUCAUGACGAUCACCAUCAUGCAACUGAUUUCGUUCCAAGUUAUCAAUGGAAAAUUUUGUUGGCCGUAUUUAUUCUUUAUCUCUUUUAUUUGUUGGAAGUCUCCCUUCACUGGUUUGCUCAUUACAAACAUGACCGUAGUUCUGGUCAUUCUCAUGGACAUCAUCAUUCACACACGAAUGCUGAAACUUGUCAAUAUUCACGUGUCCAGAUGGAUCCGGAUAUUGAGCAUAGUCAUCUCCAUCACAAUCACACACAUCACAAUUUACAUCAACAUCUGAAAACACCAUCAAUCUAUUCAAAUGCCAAAAGUCAGAUGAAUAAUACCAGUGCUCCUUACCAGAAAUCGAAGGGCAAACUGCUCGAUGACCAAUUAUCAACAUCACCAAAAGUUUGCAAUUCAGAGUACAGCGCAAGUGUAGAUAACAUGAAUCCUAUUCUUCGACAACUAACUGCGAUUAAAUCAACUGGUUGGAUGGUUUUGUUUGGUGAUGCUAUUCAUAAUUUUGCAGAUGGUCUGGCAAUCGGUGCAGCUUUUAGUCAAAAUGAAAUGCUUGGUCUUACAACAGCCAUUGCCGUUGCUUGCCAUGAAUUGCCACAUGAACUUGGUGAUUACGCUGUUCUAUUGAAAUCUGGUUUUUCACAUUGUCGAGCGUUACUAUGGAACUUCCUUUCAGCAACGACUGCAAUUAUUGGGUUCUUUAUGAGUUCAUGGCUCUCAGUCGAUGAAAAUACACGUCAAUGGAUUUUUGCAGCUACCAUUGGCAUGUUUCUAUAUAUUGCAUUAGUCGAUUUACUGCCGACAUUAUUAACUGAUGGAGAAAUUGAACCCAAAGAAUUUUUCGUUGUUAACAUUGGAUUUCUCUUUGGGAUCAGCAUGAUGUUUCUUCUGGCAAUAUUCGAAGAUAAAAUCAUUCAUUUGGCGAUUAAAUAA